AACAGUGUGACCUACUGCUGGUGCUUGUAACAAUGUGACGUGCUGCUGGUGCUUGUAACAGUGUGACCUGCUGCUAGUGCUUGUAAGUGUAAUCUCUUUCCCGUGCUUGUAACAGUGAGACCUGCACGUGCUUGUAUCUGUGACCUGCUGGUGCUUGUAACAGUGUGACGCGUGACCUGUUGCUAGUGCUUGUAAGUGUGACCUGCUGGUACUUGUAACAAUAUGAUUUGCUGCUAGUGCUUGCAUGACCUGUUGGUGCUUGUAACAGUGUGGCCUGGUGCUUGUAAGUGUGAUCUGCUGCUGGUGUUUGUAACAGCCUUGACGCCGGUGAAGGGCUCUUGAUCCAGGAAACUGGAGCUGCCCUCCGCUUUGAUCAAACCUGAUUGCUUCCUAUUCUCAAUUAUCUAGGUGAUCUGUGAUCCCUACGGGUUUAGCGCUUAUAUAAGAACAUAAGAAUGGAGGAACACUGGCCCAUACUAGGCACGUCUUUUCGCACCCAAAUCCAACUAACAAAGGUGUAUGCCCAACCCCCUUUUCGAUGCUAUCCAAGGAAUAAUCUUCGAUCACUCUGCUAACUUAUGUGCAAGUCCCAUCACAUCCAACCCUCUCACUCAUGUAUUUAUCUAACCUAUAUCUGAAGUACAACCAAAUGUUUUGGCUUCAAUAACCCAUAAAUAAUAACAUAUUAAUGACUGUAACUACAAUCAGUUGUUGGGUCUGUUAUGAGAGAGACAGUGCACAACCUUCACAGUGGUGAGGCCAACAUAUUUUGGACAAGGGCGCUUAUUUACAAGACAUUUCAUCCCGAGUUUCUUCUUCAGUCCUAAUAGAGACAGGAAUCCAGCAACCUGCCACCAAAGUAACAUCUAACGUAACCCUGACAAUAAGAGGCAGUUAAUAUGUCUUUUUGAUCUCCGUCACUGAUUUGGAAAGAAGCAAACUAACUGAUAACACAAUCACCAGUGUGAUAAGAUGUGGGCGAAAUGGAGAAACAGGAAAAUACGGUAAUGCCUCCUGACGAGUCUUUAUCAGCUGAUGAAUCAACGUCUGGUGUACCAGUGCUGGGUAUCAUAAAUUAUGGUACAAACCUUGCUAAUUGAUACCGACAAAUUGGUUUAGAAAGACACGUGAGUAAACGCUAGGACAUAUUUAUUAGAAAACGUUUCGGUCCUAGGACCUUGAUCACUUAUCAAGGUCUCGGAACUGAAUUAUUAUGAUCAUGGGGGACCGCUAAACCCGUAGGGAUUAUAAAGCUCCUGUGGGGGAGGGGGAUGGAAGGCAUUCAGGGUCAAUUCAGGAAACUGGAGCACAGAUCCAAUUCCCUAGAUCAAGAGCCCCUCACCAGCGUCAAGGCACCUCCCUUGAGGGGCCCGGGAAUGAAACUUUUUCUAAUGUCUUAGUGUUUGCUCACGUCUUUCUAAACCAAUCAGAAAUUAAACAACUGCUGGCGACCCGGUGCAACAUACGGUAGAACACACAACAACGAUUUUAUUUAAUUAUCUAAGGUUAAAUCUACAGAGUGUGUGUGCUCACCUGCAGGGGUCGAGGACAGCUCCUGGCCCCCGCCUCUUCACUGGUCGCAACUAAGCCCUCUCCCAGCUCCAUGAGCUUUAUCAAACCUCGUCUUAAAGCAAUCUGCUGUUAGCUAAUCAUGUCGAAGGAGGUGGACGAGACGUUGUACUCCCGUCAGUUGUAUGUGUUGGGUCACCAGGCCAUGCAAAAGAUGUCCACCUCAGACGUUCUUGUGUGUGGACUCGGAGGUCUGGGAGUAGAGAUAGCGAAGAAUAUCAUCUUGAGUGGAGUGAGAUCUGUGACCCUUCACGACACUACCACUGUGACCUGGCGUGACCUGACCACCCAGUACUUCCUGCGUGCCUCUGACCUGACCAAAAAUCGCGCCCUAGCUUGUUGCCUUCGCCUGGCUGAGCUUAACUCUUACGUGUCCGUCAGCGCCUCCGUCAGCGAGGUCACACAGGAGUUUCUUCAAGGCUACAGUGUUGUUGUGCUCACAGACACAGACCUGGAGGAGCAGGUGCGGGUGUCGCAGGAGUGCCGCAGGCUGGGUAUCUCCUUCCUCAGCGCCGCCACCUACGGCGUCUUCGGCCAACUCUUUUGCGACUUCGGGAAGAGUUUUACGGCUGAGGAUGUGGAUGGCAGGGAACCCGCCUCUCUGCGUGUGGCUGACAUCACCAGGGAGGAAGAGGGCGUGGUGACCUGUAUAGUGAACCAACGUCUGGGUCUACGGGAUGGUGACCUCGUGACCUUCUCCAACAUCAAGGGCAUGACCCAGCUCAACCACUGCUCCCCUACCGAGGUUAAGGUGCUCAAUCCUUCAAGCUUCGCUAUAGGCGACACAAGAUCCUUCUCAGAAUAUGAAGGAGGAGGAGUUGUGACUCAGGUCAAGGUUCCUAAGACGUUUAAUUUCAAGUCAUUAGAGGAAUCCCUUGCUGCACCUACGUUUGUUGUUGUGGACGAACUCAAGUCAGGGCGCUCACAGGUUCUUCACAUUGCCUUCCAGGCACUACACCAAUACGUGAAGAAGGCAGGAGCCCUUCCACGCCCAUGGAAUGAUGAAGAUGCAAAUAAGUUCCUGGAGUGUUUUUACGAUGUCAACAAUACGAAUCCAGCCAAGGUAGAGGACGUAAAUGAAAACAUUCUAAGGAUUUUUUCCAAAGUGGCGUCCGGGACUCUAGCACCCAUGAACUCCGUCAUUGGAAGCAUAGCUUCCCAAGAGGUGAUAAAGGCGUGCUCGGGAAAGUUCACUCCAGUCUUCCAGUGGUUGUAUUUCGACGCUGUGGAGUGCCUACCUGAUGACCCAUUGCAGUUUCCACCUAAAGAUGUUUCCUCGCGAGACAACCGCUACGACGCUCAAGUGGCCGUCUUUGGUCGCCAACUCCAGGACAAACUCGGAGGCUUGAAGCUAUUCGUUGUUGGUGCUGGAGCUAUCGGGUGCGAACUACUAAAAAAUUUGGCCAUGAUAGGCGUGAGUGUGGCUAUGGGCGGCAACAUCACACUCACAGACAUGGACCACAUCGAGAAGAGUAACCUCAAUCGGCAGUUCCUCUUUAGGCCCUGGGACAUCAAGAAAUCCAAAGCUACAACAGCCGCAGCUGCAGUCAUUGUGAUGAAUCCAGAGGUUAACAUCACUCCACAUCAAGUCCGUGUCGGUCCAGAAGCUGAAAAUAUCUACAGCCCUGAGUUUUAUAAGAACUUGGACAUUGUUGCUAACGCUCUGGACAAUUUAGAAGCUCGCCAGUAUAUGGAUCGCCGUUGCUGGUACUACCGGAAACCUAUGCUGGAAUCUGGGACGCUGGGCAUCAAAGGCAGUGUGCAAGUGGUGCUUCCUCACCUCACAGACCGUUUUCCGGCUCAUCUGAGCUCAAGGGACGGAGAUAUUCCUCUGUGUACACUAAGAAGCUUCCCGAAUUGCAUCGAGCACACACUCCAGUGGGCCAGAGAUAUGUUUGAGGGAGAGUUCUGUCAUUCACCUGAGAUAACCAGACAGUAUCUGGAGGAUAACGAUUUUCUGAAGCGAUCCAGUAAGCUGUCCGACUACGACUACCAAAGUAUUCUAAGGAAUUUAAAAUCUUCGCUGGAAGAUGAUGCGCCACAUAACUUCUCUGACUGUAUAGCCUGGGCACGCAGGCACUGGGAGACCAAUUUCCGCAAUCAGAUUGUACAGCUGCUGGAAUACUUUCCACCAAACUACGUAACAAGCACUGGGAGUCAUUUCUGGUCAGGAUCCAAACGGUGCCCCCAUCCACUAAAGUACGAUGCCGAAAAUCCUCUUCAUUUGGAUUAUGUGGUAUCGGCGGCAAAUCUUAGGGCACAGGUGUAUGGGAUUCCUCAGGACAGGGAUCGCCUACGUAUUUCUCAAUUAGCAGCGGCAGUUAAGAUACCUGAAUACCUUCCUCAAGUCAGAAGCGAACCCAAUGAUGAGGAUGCCGAAGCCAGCAUUGAGAGUGGUUUCUUCCAGAAGGUCUAUAUCUCCAGUCUUCAAGACGCUAUAGCACCUAAGGAGCACUUCCAGCAUCUCAAGAUUACCCCGCUGACUUUCGAAAAAGAUGACAACACCAAUUUCCACAUGGACUUUGUCGUGGCAGCGUCAAACCUGAGGGCGGAAAACUAUGAGAUUGAUCCCGCGGACAAACACAAAAGCAAGAAGAUUGCUGGAAAAAUAGUCCCAGCAAUUGCCACCUCCACGGCGCUAGUGGCAGGUCUGGUUUCACUGGAACUGCUCAAAGUCGCUCAGGGACAUAAACACAUCCGUUUCUAUAGGAACAUGUCCUUCAACAUGGCCAUUCCCUGCUUCGUCCUCUCUCAACCUGAUCCUCCACCAGAGUACGAGUAUAAUGGAGUGAAAUGGACGACGUGGGAGAGGUUCGAGGUGGAUGGGGACAUGACAAUUCAACAAUUUCUUGACCUCUUCUGGACCAAGCACUCACUGACGGUCACCCUCGUGGCGCGCGGGAACCUCACCCUCUACUCCAACCUCUUCAACCAAUCCGACAGGUCCAGGAGACUUGGCCAGACCGUGACCGAGAUUCUGGAGGAGCUGGGCGAGGCGUGCCAAGAACCGCUAAGUCGUACCCUGAUGCUUGAUAUUGGUGCCAAUGACACGGAUGGUGCGUUUGUUACUGUUCCUCAUGUAGAGUACAAAAUACAGCACACAUGAGGUGGAACAGUGCAACAAAAACCCCAGUACCUAAGUCAGGACGAUGUUGUGCCACCGUCGGCGCUAAGGUGAGGUUAGAUAAAAUUCGUCAGGAAACAAGACAAGUGUUUCCUGAUGCCAUUUGAGCUAAGGAAAUUCAAAUUUAAGGAGAGACAAAAGAAACUAGUCACGAAGACCUUAGAAAAGAGAGAAACCAGGGGAGACAUGAUUACGACGUACAAGAUAUUCAGAGUUUUUGACAAAGCAGACAGGGAGAGAUUGCUUUAAAUGCGAAACACAGAGGCACAACUAAGUGAGCAACAUCGGCUUGCUACAUUCUUUCCUGUAUUAAAAUAAUCUGAAGCACAAGCGAGACCAAUUUUCUUAAGGAGCACUUGUGACUAACAGGAAGAAACACCUGACCGAGUGAGACACAGGUGAGACACUUUAGCUUGUCUGUGAGGAGGCAUAAUGGGUCAGUAUUUACUGCAAGUGCUAGGCGGAGUUAGGUGAUAAUUUACAGUGUAUAAUAAAUAAUGUGUGUUUUGCAACAGGCUUUAUUGUUUAGGCCGUAAAUUUUAAAAAAAAAUGGAGGGAGGGGUAAUUUUUUACUUUAGCUGGGUUAUACAACGGAAACAGUUAUAUUUUGGGCCUGCUGGAAAAAAAAAAAAUUGAUAACGAAAAAAACCUUAACCCAAGCAAACCAAACCUAACCCAACCUGAUAUUUAACCCGAAAUCUAAGUUAGUCUACAUUAGGCUCUUUUGGGUUGGACUCUUACUUCUUUUUUUGCUCUGCCGAAAACAUCAACACUGACAAACAAAGCAAUGGGAUAGGGCUAGUAGGUGUCCCGCAGUACCCUAUUUGCGACUGAACAGCCUGACACAAGAAAGUGACACUCAAGCAUGUGACGUCACUCCCUGUGGACUACGUUUUAAGCCAUUGUCUCUCAUAUCUGCUGUGUACUUCAUAAAGUCCAGUCUUGUGUAAAAGUACAAAUAAAGGCCUUCUCUA